CAGUGCGGGGCAGGCCGCGGUGACCAGGAGGAGGAGAAAGAACAUGGCGGGCGCGGCGGCGCCCGGGACUGUCCCGGGGGCAGCGGGCGGAGAUGGAGACGAUUCACUUUAUCCGAUCGCAGUUUUAAUAGACGAACUCCGCAAUGAGGACGUGCAGCUCCGUCUCAACAGUAUUAAGAAGUUAUCAACAAUUGCUCUAGCACUUGGAGUGGAAAGGACGCGAACUGAACUGCUGCCAUUUCUUACAGAUACAAUUUAUGAUGAAGAUGAGGUACUGUUAGCUCUUGCUGAACAGCUGGGAAAUUUCACUGGCCUGGUGGGAGGUCCUGACUUUGCCCACUGUCUGCUGCCUCCUUUGGAAAGUCUGGCGACCGUGGAAGAGACUGUGGUUCGAGACAAGGCUGUGGAGUCCCUGAGGCAGAUAUCCCAGGAGCACACUCCUGUUGCUCUGGAAGCUCAUUUUGUACCUCUGGUGAAACGCCUAGCGAGUGGGGAUUGGUUCACUUCUCGCACAUCUGCAUGUGGUUUGUUCAGCGUUUGCUAUCCCAGGGCUUCAAAUACUGUCAAAGCAGAAAUUAGACAGCACUUCCGCUCCUUGUGCUCAGAUGACACACCGAUGGUACGCCGAGCUGCUGCUUCCAAAUUAGGCGAAUUUGCAAAAGUUUUAGAAUUAGACAGUGUGAAAAGUGAAAUUGUUCCAUUGUUCACUAAUCUAGCUUCAGAUGAACAGGACUCAGUGCGCCUGCUAGCUGUGGAGGCUUGUGUCAGUAUUGCCCAGUUACUGUCUCAGGAUGACCUUGAGGUUUUGGUGAUGCCCACACUUCGACAAGCAGCAGAAGAUAAAUCUUGGCGAGUUCGCUAUAUGGUAGCUGAUAAAUUUUCAGAGCUCCAGAAAGCUGUGGGUCCUAAAAUCACCCAAAAUGACCUCAUCCCCGCCUUUCAGAACCUACUUAAAGACUGUGAAGCUGAAGUUCGAGCAGCUGCUGCCUACAAAGUAAAAGAACUUUGUGAGAACUUGCCCAUUGAGGGUAGAGAAACCAUAAUUAUGAAUCAAGUUCUGCCUUACAUAAAGGAAUUAGUAUCUGAUACAAAUCAACAUGUCAAGUCAGCUCUAGCUUCUGUAAUUAUGGGAUUGUCUACCAUUUUGGGCAAAGAGAAUACCAUCGAACAUCUUCUACCUCUUUUUUUAGCUCAGUUAAAGGAUGAGUGUCCUGAAGUUCGUUUAAAUAUCAUCUCCAAUUUGGAUUGUGUAAAUGAAGUGAUUGGAAUCCGUCAACUCUCCCAGUCUCUUCUUCCUGCCAUAGUGGAGUUGGCUGAAGAUGCGAAGUGGAGGGUCCGGCUGGCCAUCAUUGAGUACAUGCCACUGCUGGCCGGCCAGCUGGGUGUGGAAUUCUUUGAUGAAAAGCUGAAUUCUUUAUGUAUGGCUUGGCUUGUGGACCAUGUGUACGCCAUUCGUGAAGCUGCCACCAACAACCUCAUGAAACUGGUUCAGAAGUUUGGUACAGAGUGGGCCCAAAAUACCAUUGUUCCCAAAGUGUUAGUAAUGGCAGAUGACCCUAAUUAUUUGCAUAGAAUGACCACUUUAUUCUGCAUUAAUGCAUUGUCUGAAGCCUGCGGUCAGGAAAUAACCACUAAGCAGAUGCUACCCAUUGUAUUGAAAAUGGCAGGAGACCAAGUGGCAAAUGUUCGUUUCAACGUGGCCAAAUCUCUCCAGAAAAUUGGACCAAUUCUAGAUACUGAUGCUCUGCAGGUGGAAGUUAAGCCGGUACUGCAGAAGUUAGGCCAAGAUCAAGACAUGGAUGUCAAAUACUUCGCACAGGAAGCUAUAAGUGUGCUUGCCUUGGCAUGAUGAGGAACAGGAGGGAAAAGACUUUACUAAAUUCUUAUCAGAGAUUUCUAGUCAAUGUGUUCUUAAACUGGGUGGAGAAACAGUGAACACCUUCAAGACCUCAUCCAAGCAAAUGGCAACAACUUACAAGAAAUCAAAUUUCAGUGACUUGAUUCUUUUCUAAAGAUGAAAUGGGAUUGUUUUUACUUGUCUUUCUUGUUGCAAUAAUUAUAAACCAUUCUUUUUGUUUGUGACCAACUCCCGACACUCAGUACAGUCAUUUCUUGAUUGUUUCUUAGUGGUUUAUCCGGCACCAGCUGGGCUCCUGCAUCCUUGCUGUCUCAUCAGGCCCUGGCCGCUGAAUAUUCCUGUCCGGGCCCGGAUGGGCUCGGGCCCACACACGAAGUGGCGUGAUUCUCGUGGUGUUUACUUAUAUAUGUGUGUCUCUCCAUCAUUCCAAAAUUUAAGUGUACAUGGUUUAGAAUAACUUAUUUUACAAACCCUCUAUUUGGGGAGACACUGAGAUUUAACUGUAGAGAAAGCCACGUUUUCCUGGAUAAUGAUGGUCUUACAUGAAAGGAGAAUGUGGAAGCUCAGAGUUCACGUUUGGUUGUUUUGUUUUUAUUUCCUUGAUUUUGACUGUAAUCAUGUCACUCAGAAACCUGAAGUGUAGAUGUGUCUUGCUGCUAGUGUGUGAUGUUAAAACCCAACUGAAUUUCCAUGGCUUACACCACUGUGACGGCAUUCAAAAAAUACUCUCUUCUCCAUUCCACACCCUGAGAAAGUGCUUCCUAAUAAGCAGUAGUUGUACUGUGUCUUUGUAAGACUGCAGUUUUGUAUUUCUAAUGAGUGAAGGAACCACUGGUGUAAUACUGCGAGGAUUUCCUGCUUUUAACAUCAUUCUGCUUCCAGCUGUGAUAAUAUCUGGUCCCUGCUACAUUGUGCAGUUGUGGCUUUCCACACUGAAGUUUCAUUACUACUUUCUGGUGUGGGUGAUGCUGGAAUCUUAUCAUUUGAAAUCUUUGUUUUCCUGCUUUUUACAGUAAAGCCUCAUUAAUUCCUCUUGGAACUUAAGAUGAGUAAGCCAGAGGAAGGGUUUCCUGGAGCAAAUUAGUAGGAUGUAAGGAAGCCUAUUGGGUCUGAACUACUUAAACAAUUUUAAAGCUCUCUUUAAAAAGCAUCCUUUUACCAGUUGAUACUCCAAUUGCUAAUCACUUUUUUCAAUUACAUUAAAAUAGCUUUCAUGAGGAUUUUUAUGAGGCCAUAUUUUUUUAGAUAUAUUCAGUUUAGUCUUUAUCCCUAAAAUACAUACAUUUGUAUUUCUUGGAGAAUUUUAGUAUUUUUCCAUUUAAAUUUAUUUAUAUUGUCACCUACUCAAACUGGCCUUGUCCCUAAUGAAUUUUAAUUAAUGAGGUUUUAUUGUAGCUUUUUUUUCUCAGUGCUCCCUGCUAUGUAGUUUGCUUGUUUCCAUUUUGGUUUUGGAAUUGUUUCUUUUAUUCAUAACCUCUUUUAAACCCAGUGAACCCUGUUCUGUUUUUUUGAAGUUCCAAAGAUACCUAUAAAACUUUGUACGUUAAACUAUUACAUAAAGCCAAGUUUGAGCAAAUUACUUUCAAGUUUGUCUUUCUGUAGAAAAACUGAACAUUUUAUAUCAGAAAUUGCCUGCAUUUAAAACUGUCAAAUUACCUUAUAGUAACUUCCAAUUUUAUUACUUUGGGGGCUAAGAAUUAAAUGCUUUCCUAAGCAGAAAUUUUUUAUACAUUCUCAUUUUAUAUCUUAGAAAGUAUUAUGCUAUAAACAUUUUAAUUUUACUUUCACGGUUCUUUUUUGUUACCUGUAGGUUGUGUUCCUCUUUAUUGAAUUUUAUAUAUCAGAGACUGUUGUCUUGAUUCUUAAAACACAUUUGUACAACUGUUACUUUAUCUUUGAUUGGAAAUGCCCUUGGUUUGCAGAUAGAGUUUUAAAUGCCCUGGUACCUUCCCUGGGAGCCCUGUACCUUGUGCCCUAGGACUGUGGCAAAGGGGACUCCUUUGCUUGUUCAGGCGUGGGUCAGGGAGCUCAGCAGGGCGCUGCCUUUUUAGAUGACUCCCUAGGGAUCUCACUGCUUCCUUAGCAGUUGAACAGUAGGCAGUCUCAUUUGUUUUUUUCUAAGAGGAAUUGUGUUUUGGCUCAUAACUUGGUCAUUUUUUUCUUGGGUUAUCUUGGUUUCACUGGAAUGUAAGCUCCAGGAGCUCUGAAAGGGCAGAGAGUGUUGUCUGUUUUGUAUUCUGCUGUAUUACCAGCACUUGGAUCAGUGUCUGGUGUACAUAGGUGCUCAAUAAAAAUGUGUUCAAUGCA